AUGUAUUUAUUUCUAAUUAAUUUAUUUUAUUUAUUUCAUCUUUUUCCAUCUUUAAAAAUUGAGGAGCAAUGUAAAACCUGCAGAGUUUUAUCAAAAACAUUUAUAGAGGGUCUUAUUAAAACUGAAAAUUUACAUUUUGGUGGUGGAAAUACUGCUUGGGAAGAGAAAAAACUUGGAAAAUUUAAGACAAGCGAAACUCGUUUUGUUGAAAUUAUGGAACAUAUCUGUCAGGAUGAUGAAAAAGAUGAAAGAUUUAAGUGUCAUUCACUUGCUGAAACAAAUGAAGAACAUUUGGAAGACUGGUUUUACAAUCGUCAAGAAAUUGAUCCAAGUUUAGAAACAUUUCUUUGCGUCAAAAAACUUUCCUAUUGCUGUGAUUCUGGCUAUUUUGGCCCUGAAUGCUCAGCAUGUCCUGGUUUAAAAGAAUCCCAAAAGGCGUGUUUUGGACGAGGAUUUUGUGAUGGAGACGGCAAACGUUUUGGGAAUGGAACAUGCUCUUGUCAUCGUGGCUAUAGUGGAAAAUUAUGUAGCAAUUGUGAUUCCAGCUUCUUUGCAAUAACACAAAAUGCUACAUUUAUUGAAUGUCAUGAAUGUUUUGACGGCUGUGGUAGUGGAUGCACUUUUGCUGGGCCAAAAGGCUGCAAUGCUUGUAGAAGUGGAUAUAAAAUGGAUGAGGAAAAUGGCUGUAUAGAUGUUGAUGAAUGCAAGGAAGAUGAACUAAAAUGUCAAAAAGAUAAUGAAGUUUGCGUCAAUACUCCAGGCUCUUAUGAAUGUAAAUGCAAGGAAGGCCACAAACGUUCUAAAGAUGGAAAUUGUGAAUUGGAUAUUGAAGCUCACCCUUCUCCAUUCUUCAUCGGGCCAAUUCAAUUACUUCGUUUAAUUGCAUACUUGUGUCUUUUAUUGAUUUCAUUUUUUGUCUUUUUCGCCUAUCAAAAACCGUUAGCAAUUGGGCUAAAUAUUCUUACUAUUUUUAUUGUUGCUCUAAUCGACGUAUAUUUUUAUUUGAAUGAUGUUGGUGAUAAAAGACGGGAUGAAGCGAUAUUCAGGCACUCGUUUAAAUUUCUAGCUUGUUUUCAGUUUUUAAAUUUUACUUAUAUACAAUUAGGCGUGGCUGGUUUUAUGUAUAAAUCUUUAUUAGGGCCUCAAGUCAUAAAGGAUCUACCUCUUCAUUUCAUUAAUCCUGGCUUCUUCCUUAACUGA